AUGUCGACCAGCACCGAGAUGCCGUUACGCUGCCCAACCUGCGGCGAGGCGUGUGGGUUUGGAGACCACCUAUCAAGAGUCCAUUCCUGCCAGAAACUCUGUCUGACCCCAAGACGGAGCUCCGAGGGGGGACUGCUGUCCCUGCACACCCAGCGAGGGCACGCUGCAUUGGGGAAGAGCGAGACUGGAUGUCCCCUGAGCCUGGAGCUCCUUGAUGCUUUGAGUCUGGCCUCCUCGGCGACACAUCCACUCCGAAAGUUCCUGAUCCAGAGAGACUCACUGUCUGUCCUCCCGUCUGCUCUCUCUCCAGUGCUGGCGGUCGCCAUGACCUCCAGGGCUGGAGAAACUGAGGCAGGCGCGGGACACGCUGUAGCCCAGCUGGGAGUGCCAUGGCUGGGCAGACUUGCGUUGGAGGCAAGGCUUCAACAGCUGGCGCUGGAGGUGCAGGAGCGAGUGUCGCUCAAACUGGAGGGUCUGCAGGAGGAAGUGAAGAGGAGGAGUGUGGAGGUGAGCAGAGCGAGGAGAGAGAGCGAGAGAAUGGAUAGAGAAAGGAAUGAAGCAGAACAGAGAGCGUCUGAACUGGAGCGUCAGGUGGACAUCUCUGUGGAGAUGUUGGCAAGCCUCAGACACGAGCUGAGAGACAGAGAGGAGCAACUCCAACGCAAACAACAGGAAAUGCGUGAGCUGGACAGGUUUGUGCGUGACACAGCAUUUAGAGAAGCGAGUGCAAAGAUUCGGCUGCAGCAUUUCAUCGAGGAUCUGCUGGACCGAGCAGAGAGGGCGGAGACACAGCUCCAGAACAUCCAUCUUCACGAUGAUGUCACUUCCCCUCAAAGACACCUGUCGGGUACCAAAACUACAGGCUACCAAAAGAGUUACAGUGACUCUGGGAAGUCCAGGAAAUCUUCUCAGCUGUACGAUCACAGAGCCGUUCAAUACUGCAGGUAUGAAGUUGUGCGACCGCAUACGCUGUCGGUGGGGUCAGGAGGUUGCGUGGGUCACUGGGUGGGGGGGCAGUAUCAUGUGAUGUGUCCCGACAGCCAUUCUGACCCGCCCUGGAUGAUGCAACACACACAUACAGACGCAGAAUCAGAGGACUGGUCCCUUUACAGCGCAGAAUCACAGGACGACACACACCAGCAUACGGGCUACAGGACGUAUAGCCACACAGAUGAGGAUCUAUCAGGGCUUCACGUGCGCAUGAACAGACCGAGUGAAUCGAUCGUGUGUUCAGAGCGUUUGAGACUGAAAGCAGCGCUGUUCUGUGUCUUUAUUUACCUGGAUACACACACUCUACUCACGGCUGCACAGGUGUGUAAAGACUGGUGUAGUGUUGCACGUCAUCCCGCGGUUUGGACCAGAGUAACACUCGAGAAUGCACGCGUCUCAUCGAAGUUCUUGCAGACUCUGUCUCAGUGGUGCUGUCAAACACAGUCUCUUGUUCUACACAACCUCAAAGCUCGAUCACGCGGCAAGAAAGAAAGUAAAGACGAAUACUUAAGGAGCACAAGAGGCUGUCUGGAGGAGGGGCUGGAGGCGGUGCUUAAGUCAGCAGGGUGGAGUCUUGUUGCUCUGAGCGUCUCUCAUUGCCCGAAUAUUUUGACGGACAGGUCACUGUGGCUCGUCAGCUGUCACUGUAGAGCACUGCAGUCGCUCAUGUACAGAAGUGCGUCAGAUCCAGUUGGACAGGAAGUGAUCUGGGCGCUCGGGGCGGGAUGUAGAGACAUCACAACACUGCGCAUCGCUCCACUGCAGCCCUGUUUGCAGCCCAAUCGCUUUAGUAACCGAUGCUUGCAAACGAUUGGUCGAUGCUGGCCGAAUCUGUGUCGAGUGGGCGUGGGCGGAGCUGGGUGUGGCAUUCAGGGAUUGGCCUCUUUGGUGAGGAACUGUGUGAAUGUGUGUGUGUUGGAGUUGGAUCAUAUGAACGAGUUGAAUCAGGAGGGAGCGGCAGAACUCUGCAGAGAAGGACUCCGGCAACUACACACACUCACAUUCAUCUCUACACCUGUCACUUCUAAAGCCAUACUGCACUUUAAAAGUGUGUGUAUGAAUUUGAAGUGUAUAGUUGUGCAGCUGAGUAUCGCUGAUUACUUCGAGGAUGUUGACAAUGAAGAAGCCCAGAGAUUAUUUGAAGAAAUAGUCAACAAUCUACAGGCUUUGAGAAAGAGACCAGGCCUGUCUGAUGUUCUGCACAUCAAGGUGUAAAAACCCUGAAAAUAACGUCUGAUCUGUGUCUGAUUAUGACUGUGACCACCUGAUGCAUACACACACAUCCUCUCACACUCACACACAUUCACAUUGACAUAC